GUUUUAUUUAGUUCGACCGUUUUUGUCAUAGACGUUUGAACUAGCAAGUAACUUUGGGUACCAGUCUGAGGAUAUUUCGAAAUUCUAAAUCAUCGACAAACAUGGUUGUAAUGCUCGAAGAUAAGGCUGCCUGGGACAAGGCAAUGCAGGAAGCAGGCGAUAAACUGGUUGUCGUUGAUUUCACAGCCACCUGGUGUGGGCCAUGCAAGAUGAUAGGACCCAAGUUUGUGGAAAUGGAAAAAGAAUUUCCGGAUGCGAUAUUCUACAAGGUGGAUGUUGAUGAAAAUAGCGAUGUAGCGGGGGCGGAAGGAAUAUCGGCCAUGCCAACAUUCAAGUGCUACAGAAAUGGAAAACAGGUAGCGGAUAUGUGUGGAGCCAAUGAAACGAAACUGCGAGAAAUGAUUAAAGAACAAAAUGGAAAAAAAUAGGAAACUGAAACCCUCUUUCAACCCUUUCUAAAAAAUGUUACUACUGAUUAUGUUGUAAGUAAGAACAGAAUUUGUAUUGUUUUGGAUUUAUUUACAGUCCGUAUAUAUAUCAUGUAUAAAACAAGAUUUAGUUUUGAAAAAUAUAUGGAUUUGUAGUUUUUGUCGAUUUUUUCCUUUGUCAUAAUUUAUUUAUCAAAUACUGGAAUAAAUAACGUUUUUAUGGUAGUUAACUAAUAAUGUGAUUUUUUAAAAAAGGGUUCAUCCAUUCUGUACAUUUAACGAAAAUCUAUGAAAGGACAUUUUUAUCAUUUUGUGUAGAGAUAUUCUGUCAUUUCUGCUUUUAUCUUCUGUUCAUAAGGUGUAAACAAAUAAUAUGUUUGUUUUUGGUUUCAUGCCCCAAAAAUAGGGAAUUUAAAACAAAUAUAGGCAAAUUGUUUAACUUUUAAAAUGGAUAAUUUUGAAACGAUAGAUUGAAAUUAUUUUUCAAGGCAAUAAAAAGGAAAUGGGAGACAAUAUUAUUAUUUGCACCUUAGGGAAUUAAAAGUUACGGAAGUUUAAAAACACAAAGAAGAAAACAACCCAACUAUAUAUCCAAACACACCAAAAAACUUUGGUAGAGAAAACGUCAAACAAACCUUUCAUUAAUUGUGGCCUGGUUUUCAAAUUGUAUUGUUUAAUAUUGUGACUAUGCUGGCAAAACAUAAUUAUAAAUGUGUUUACUUAUCACUGGAAGUGCCUAUCACAAACAUUUCUUAAAGAUCUGAUUAAAAUGAUUCAGAUUUCGAGUUAGGUGUCUCGUCAUUAUGUAAUGCAGGGUUUAAAUCAUUCCUAGUCCAUUGAAUGCCAUCUCAAACUUUGCCACCGCCCACUCACAAAGUUUUAAUCAACAUCCUUAAAUUUGAAAAGAAAACAAUUAUGUAAAGUAGAAAUAUUUUGGCUGAUUUUUGAAUAUCAUGCAGUCAAGCAGUUUUUAAAUAUCUUUGGAAUUGAAGUACUAACCUUAGUAAAGAUUUUUAAGUUUUGAAUUGAUAUUGUUAUGAUUAACUUUUGUUAGAUAGUGUUCUAUGCAAAAAAAGUUAAGUUCGAACUUGAAAUUGUUAGGGUUAAUUAUUGUUUGAUGAUGUUUAAAGCUAAAUCUUUGUUAACAACAGCAAUUGACUUGUGUGUUCAUUUAUUGUUUUACCAUCUUGUACUACUUUUGUAGUUUGUUUUCAAAAAAUGGUUGAGAUAAAAUGAUUUAAGAUUGUAUCAACAUCAUAAAAUGUUAUCAACUGAUAUGAGAUUUAUAAAUAAGGCAAUACUAUGCAGUGUUUUAGCCAGGUUUUAAAAAAGGGGAAGUGCUGAAAAAAGGUCAGGGUGCAAAGUGUGAAAGGGGCACAUUUUAUAGGGCUGUGAAUAACUUAAAUAUUAUGGGUUUGGCAAAGAUAAUUAUAAAUGUGCUUAACUGAAGUAGUUUCAGGUUUCAACUGAUAGAUAUAUUAAGUUUUUAUGUAUAAGAAUUUACAUUAAUAUAAUAAGCUUUUAAACGAAACAACAGAAUAAUUUGAUCAUUAAAUGCAUUCAACAGUAAAAGGGUGAAAGUGUCCUUAUAAUGGCCUUCAUGAGGACAGUGUGUUGCUACCAAUUAGCAGGGUUCAGUACCAUCCUAUAACUCCUUAACUGAAACCAUUAUUUUAGUCCUGUCUGAUUUAACAUCAUUUCGAAAAAAACAACAACAUUUUAUAUAGGGUACAGGACUUUUGCAAUGAAUUAAAUAUUGUAUUCUAUUAUUAUAGCAAUGCACAUGUAAAAACAUCUUCGUUGUAGAUUUUCUUUGUCAGUAUUCUUAUAAAACUGCUGUCUGCACUCAAUAAAUAAAUCUCUGAAAAAAUA